AUGACACGGGACUUCCUGAGAGAUUCUGUCAGCAUUGCUAUUGCGCAAGAUGGGCGUCAUAGCAUAUUGCACAUGAGAUUUUCUGCUUCGCAAAGAAAUCUAACUGUGCUCAAAGGAUAUGUGGGGUCGAUGCAAGUGAAACAUGGAGAGACUAUCACCAACCUCAAGAAAGGCAUGCUCCGAGUCCUGGACCGUUUGUGCACGCCAGGCCUUGGCGGGCCGCAUGAGGGACCUCCUGACCUUGUAUUGCGUGAGUUGCUACAGAAGCGCGUGACUAUUUGUGUGGCUGACGCAGCCUACAAUGAACAAGGAGCUUUGCGAGCUUGCGCUGAAGUCUUCCCACACAUGGUUUCCAUCCAGAAGGACAGGAGCCACGCUGUGCAAAGGCUUUUGAAAAGGCCAUGGGACUGUGAUGAGCAAAUCUACACCCUUUUGCAGCAAUACAUUUUGGGGAGCCAAAGCAUUUGUCAGAAGAUCCAACAUAGUCCAGCCUUGGUGAGCGUGUUCAACAGCUACCUGCAGGCGUCCGACAAAUGCCCAGUGCGAAGCCUUAGAAAGAAAAACUUGGCUGCCGCGAAGCACAGAUUUUCAUCAUGCUCGCAGCCACUCGGGAGGUUCAUCCUACACAUUGACGCCAUCCUGGCCACGUUGCUUUGGAUAGCAACCGCCCGAGCUGGCAGAGAGGAAGCCUGCGAAGCCACUGACACUUUGGCUGCCCUUUCAGAGAGGGAGCUUGUUUUGAUAGCGAUGCUUGCUGACAUCGGUGAUGAAGCCAUAAGCCUCCUUCGUGUUGUGGACACUGAAGACGCUGACCUCACUGAUUUCCCCAAAGCUAUUGAAGCCUACGUGCGCCAUCUAAACUGCCUCAUCAACGAGGGUGCCAUCUUGCAGCAGGGCUUUACUGCCUAUGUUCUUGAGAUUUUGGAGCAGCCCUUUGGAUUCUUGGUCCGUGGCAAGCCUCGGACCAUUGGCGGGCCUGGAAAGAUCGAUGAAAACUUGCUGUGUGGAUGUGUGGAACGCUUGCAAGCGUUUCUGGCUCUGACGCUGGAAACUGUGAAAGCGGAAUUUCCCGCCCAUGAUUUGCUCAAUGCAUUCACAGUGUUUAACCUCGGCGGGCCUAUCGAUCCAGAGAUCGAGCGCAAAGGUUUGCUUCGUCUGUCGCUGGCCUGCAGCGUGGAUGCAGAGAGGCUUCGGUCUCAGCUGGCGGACUUAAAGCCGCUUGCCUUGCAUGAAAAAUCCACCGGCGCAAAGUCAAAUUUCGAAGCUUGGCGCGCGGCAGUGGCGCGAGUGAAGGAGCACACUGAGAAAGCCUUCUUGGCCAACAGGCGAGCAAUGACUCGAGAAGCAGCUCAGCCGGUAACGCUUGAGCAAGCGCAGGCAAACGCAAUGGCUGGCUGCCAAGCACUUUGGACAGAAGACAUGGCCGCUGAGCAAGAGUGGCAGAAAUCACAAGGCUACAAAGCAAAAAUUCAAGGCUACCUCGAAGGAAUUUUACUAGAGAGUGAGAUUGACCAAGAACUGAUAGAUGUGGCCCUGUGCUUCAAGGAAAUGAGGGGCCAGAAGGACCAAACACGUGCAGCUGAUGAGCUGCGGCGACAAGAUCUCUUGAAGGCGAAGCCAUUUGCUUUGCAAUCGCGGCCCUUUUUUGUCGCUGACGGCGCUUGGGCUAACUUGCCCAACGUCAAUGGCUUGGAAGCAGUGGCAGAUCCUUGCUUGGCAUCUAGCUGGGUAGUUCACGACCCGGCCAACCCAGGUGACCUUCUUACAUGGUGCGCUUUACUGUUCGGAGGGCACGUUUGUGAUGUCGCUUGCCUCCAGGCAAAUGGUCGCCGGGGCGUGGCCUUCCACUUUGCUCCAGCCAUCCAGUCUGUGCGGUGGGUUUUCAUCAGUGAUGGCUUUGCCCAUGACCAUCCAUCAUUGGCUUCUGCGGCGCGCAGGGCUCGAGCCCAUGAGCGCAGCAAAUGGAAAGUGUUGACUUCCUGGGAUGACUUUGCGCUCAAGGACCACAGUUUCACAGGGGAUCAUUUGAAGGAGAGUAGCAAACAAAAGUACAAGGCUUUAGCUUUGGCUUCUGUGGGGGAGGCUCGUGCUCUUCAAAUGGUGAACGUGUUCCACAAAGACGGUUUUGUGGAUUUUCUAGCGAAAGUUGCCACUGCCAGCAAAGGCUUUUGUGGAGUCUGA